CUUAAAAUAUCUAAUUCAUACCUAAUUUCGUUAAUAUUAAAUUAAGUAUGAUUUAUUUAAAAAAAAACGUAUGUACUUUAUCAAAGUUAGUUUUCAAAUGCACCUGCCACGGACAAUUUUAUUCAACUUCAAAAAAUAUUAGUGAAAAUUUAAAAUCUUUAAAAAAACUUAAGCAUACAGAGAAUAUGUUUGUGGUAGAUAAUGAUGUAGCAAGUAAAUAUAAAUGAUAAUUAGUAUAGGUAUUAUACCUAACUUAAAUUUAUUUAAAGUCAUACUUUUUACUAUUUGUUACAAAUUAUAUAUUUAUUUAUUUUUGAAUUUAUUCAAAUGGAUUUUUAUGUUUACUAUUGAUUAUUUAGAAGAUAUAUCUGAUACUAUAUGUACACAUUUGACUAGAAGUUAUGAUUCUAAACUAAUUAAAUUGAUUGAAGCAAAUCCUGGUGUAUGUUUGAUUACACGGCAUAUUUUGGAAAAAACAAAUAAUAAUAUACAUGUUUUCGAAAAUAAUAAUAAUGAGUUCUUAGCAGUAAUUACUUCAAGUUAUUUUAAUACAAUAGUGCAUACCUAAUAUUUUAUUUUAAUUAUAGGCAGUUCAUUCAGUUUUUGGUAAUAGAAUUAAUAUUACUAAAUCUAAUUUUCUCCUACUUUGGAAAUAUGGAUAUCAGGAUCGUAUGGAUUAUGGAGAUCGAAUUUCAAAAAUAUUAUCUGGUCUUGGUACACCACAACCCUGGAACUUAGAAAGUAUUAAUUUUGGAUAUCUACUAUUUCUUGUUUAUUAAUCAACUAUUGUUGGUUAUUAUAUCUUUAUAUAAAUUUACUACAAUAAAAUAGUUUUUCUAAGGAAAAACUUAUUGGAUUAUUAAAAUUGCUUGUCAAAGUUAAUACAAUUUAUUAAUUUAUAGGAAAUUGAACUAGGAUAAUAUAUCAGAAAGAUAAUUAUGUAUCAUUAUCAAAUAGAAAGAAAAUAACUAUUAACAAAUUUAUAAUAACAGGCAAUAUAGUAGCACACAAAUUUUCAACAAUGCAAUUUGUAUUUAUCGUUUAGUUAAAAAAAUUCCGAAUAUAACUCUUGAUCAAUAUUGUGGACUGGAAUCUUAAAGACCAGUUUUGGAUUGAAACCUUUUAAAAAUCUCGGUACCAGAACCUAUAUUUUAAUUUAGAGGUGUUUUUGGUUCCAAAUUCCAAUAGAUAUUUUAUAUAUUUAUAAUGAAUAGUAAUAAUAUUUUUAUCCCAUUCAUAUUUAUUAUUGCUUUGCUAGAGCACAAUAAUAUCGAAGGUGCAAUACCCUGGUACCAUCAUGUCAUAAUUUUAACUUGAAAACCAUUUGGUAUUAUAUUAUUUUUAUUUGUAACAAUUUGUAUCCACAAUAAAAAUAUUUGUAAAUUAAUUUCUAUUAUAAUAGCAAUAACCUAAACUGGCACAGCCACUCUCUUAAUCGUGUUAGAACAUUACUGACUUUCUACUUUAAUUUGACAAACAAGUACUUUAAUAACCUAUAAUUAUAAAAUUGUAAAUCUAUAAAGGUAUAUUAAUAAUAAAAUUAUGUGUUAACUUUACUUGUCAUAAAACAUAUAUAGACAAAAAUAAGCCCUGUAGGUAUGAUAGAUGUAUCAAAAUAUAUGUAGUUUGCAAAUAUCACAUUGGAAAUGUUGAAAACAUUUCAUUAUUAUUCCUAGAAAUAAUAAUAAUUUAUAUGUUUAUUAAUAGUAUCAACAUUUUAAUUUAAUAUGCCAGUACCAGUGGCAAUGAACAAUAUAUAUUACAUAUAUUUAGUUUUAAGUUAACUCUUUACUGUAUGAUCUAUACCAACGGUUCCCAAACUGUGCACCACAGUGAAUAUUUUCUAGGGACAACGCGGCUCAUAAAAAAAAUUAUUUAUUGUAAUUUUUUUUUAAAAAUAUUUGUUAGUUUCAAAUUGAGUAGCUAAAUAUUAUGCUUAGAAUGUUUAUAAUGUAUUAUAUUCAGUAAAAUUAUAAAAACUGAUUAUCAAUGAAAAUUUGUAUAGAUUUUUCAUGUAUAUUUCUCGUGGUAUUCACGGAAGGACACUGUGACUGAAUUUAGUCUAAAAAAUACACCAUCAGAAAAUAAAUCUGGGAACCACUGGUUUAUAUUUUUUUAUUAAUAUUAUUAUGAUUUUUAUUUUUAUAACUUCAAACACCUGAGAUGAGUUGCCCAGGUUUUUUUAAAAUUUAGUAUUUUAUAUAAUAUUAUAUGUUAGUAAUAUUUUUUAAAUUCUUAUAAUGUUUAGAAUGUAAUGGUACAUUGUACCAUUUCAUUGGUACAAUUAAACAUCCAUAAAUAGUCACAUGAAUAAAUAGUAUUUUUAUAGUUUUAGUGAUAGUAUUAUGAUUUAUAACCUACAUUUUGAAAGACACUUUUUUACAAAUAGCUAGCAUAAAUGGUUCUUAUAAUGUAAAUUAUUUAAUAUAGUACUUAAUUUUUAAAAAUUAAAUAAAAAGCAAACAUUUAAAUAGGAAGAGUUAAACCCAGUAUUAACCAAACCCAAAAUUUUAAUUUUGAGAACUACAUAGAUAAAAUCGCAAAGAUUCUAGUCUCUGGUUCAGUUGUUUUAGAAUCAAAAUGAUUGCCUAAGUGACGUUUUUGGCUAUAAUUCGAAAAUAAUGGUUAAACACAAAAUGUCAAUGUUUCAUUUUAAAGCAGAAUUUAUUUUCUACCACAUUUUCUUUUAUAUCAACUAUUAAAUUGAAUUAUCAUUCAUAGGGCCAUCAUUUCAAAUAAUUGCUGCAUUGCCAAGUAGAAAAUUCCUAAAUUAUUUGAUUUAUAGUUUUAUGUUUCAAACGGGUUUGAUGACUUAUGGUCGGCCAGAAUUUUAUCUCUUACUUCAACCAUCAGUAUUUACGGUAGGAUAUAUUCAAAAUGAUUAUUAUUAUAAUAAUAAUAUAUUGUAACACUAAAUAAUUUACAAUUUACAUCUUAAUAACUUAUGAAUAAAUAUUGCAGCACUAUUGGUUAAUAUUAUUUAGUUAAACUAAAAAUAAUUGUUGUUUUAUUUUUAGAGAUAUUCUAGCAAACCAAUUAUAGGUGAAAUGUAUUAUAAAACACAAACUAUCCUAUUUCAAACUAUCUUUGAUUUGGAGUUAUUGAAAACAUAUCCAAGAACAGCAUUUUUUCCAUUACAAUCUUUAAAAUCUACAUCUAAAUUUGUACGUUUUAAGGAGGUUAGUAUAUAAAUUGUUGAUAUUCAUAUAAUUUAAAAAUAAAUUAAAAUUAUUUUUUUUUUCUUUUUCACAGUUAAAAGAAUUAGAUAAUAAAUUCAUGGUAUUGGUUAAAGUGACUGGUCGUAAAAACUUAUUGGAAAAAGAAGAUUUAACAAUAGAUUUAUUAAAACCAUUCUGGUAUUUUGUCAAGCAUCAUACACUAAGUCGUAAAAAUUUUGUAAUACCAAUGUUAGAGUAUGUAUAAUUAAUAGAUUCAUUUUUUUAGAUUAUAAGUGAAGCUAGGAAUGUAUUGGUUUUACUUUGAUGUGUGUUGUUUUUAUUUUAUUUCUGUCUGUAACAACUUUUCUACCAGAAAUUUUGCUUCAACAUGAGACCUUUCUUGUAUAAUUUUGGAUCUAGUUGGUGAGUAAGAAAGUCGCUUUUUUAUAUUCCAUAUAGUUUUCUUAUAAAUUCGGCAAAACAGGAAAAAAAUGGGAAAGGUUCUGAAAUAACAGUUUAUUAUUUUAAACAAUUGUUAUACUGUAAUUUGGUUAAAAUAUUUGUAGAAACCUGAAAUUCUGACACAAAACUUAUAUUGACCUUUUCUAGAUGUGGUCAAAUUUUCAAAUCAGUUAUACUAUAAGUUAUUUAUAGGCAUUUUAUAUUUUCGAGUUCUUUAUUCUUUAAUACUAUGUGGAUAAAUUAUAUUAUAGCCACAUUUAAUAUGAGGUUCAUUAUAAGUUGUAGUUAAUGAUAAAAAAAAAGUUAAACAUAAUGUAGUAAUUUUUUUUUAUAGUUUUUACAUUAAAUUAUGAUAGAAAUCAUAAAAAUUAUAGAAUUUCAAAAUCUGUAUAAUCAAACUUCGCUUAGAUUCUAUUUUGUUAGUAAUGAUUUAUUGUUUCUCACAAAUAUAAAUUAAAUAACUUUAUGUAUCUUCCCUUUCUAACUUUCAACUUGCAGUGGCAUCUACUGUAUCCACUUUGCACCCAUAAGCAAUAUCAAUUUUUUUUUUUUUUAAUUAUUAAUUUUGAAUAAAAAUGUUUUUUCUUAGACAAUGGAUUCCCGGUUGUGGGCCACAUUUUAUUGCACAAGGAUACACAACGUUUACUCAAUUUGGUGAUCUAACUCCCUCACAGAUUUUAUACAUAUUUUUAAAAUUUGUUAAUUUACCAGAGUAUAAAGAUUCACCAUUUAUAAGUGCAAUGGAAAGUCGAAUUUCUAAACUAUCACCAUCAGUACCGACUGACAACUCAAAUUAUUUACAAUCUACCAAUGAUUCUUCUUUAGACUUAGAAGAGUGUGAUAGCAAAAAUGUUUAAUAUAUUAUAUGUAAAAAUCUGAAUUUCAAGUUAUGUUUUAUUUGAACUAUUUAUACAUAGUUAUAAAAUUACUGCUUAUAGAAUAAGGCCAUAACUCAAAAAAUUUUUUAAAAAAUAAAUUUGAAGGUUUGAUAUAAAAUACUAAUUUGUUUUUCAUUAAAAAAAUAUUGAGGGUUAAUACUAUUAUAAUUUUGUUAGGAUUUUUAUCCCAACAAAUAUUUUCACUUUUAUUUAAUUACAAUUGUGAAAAAUUAUAAUUGUUCUAGUUUAGUUAAUAUGUAUAUAUAAAUUUGUUAAAAAUUAAAAAAAAAAAAAUAAUAAAUUUAAAACUUGUGAAAAUAGUAUAAACUUAAAUUUUAUAAAUAUAAUAAUAACAUGCUAUAUUUAAAUUAUUGUCAUAAUUCUGAAAAAGAAUUAAGUUUUUUAUAAGCUCCAAUAAAGUGGAACAAUACAUAAAAUUAUAAGGUUAAUAUUAUUAAAAAUAUAUAAUCUACACUGACUUAUAUUUAUAGUUUACAUAUAAGUAAAAGAAUAUCGAUUUCGUGAGUCACUUAAUUUGUAAACUAAACUACCAUCAAGAUCAGCUGAUUCUUUGGUGGGCAUACUUGACAUAAAAUCUCGACAAAACUCAAAUACUAAAAUAA